UUAAUUGGGCUGGGCCAUAUGCGGGAUGGGUUAGUGACGGGCCCGUCUCGCCACCAACAGCUCGCCGCGGCGGCGGCCGAGUCCGGGCAGCGCCACCACCACCAGCAGCAAGCAGCAGCAGCUCGCCGCCCACCCAUCCAUGGCGAACCCGAGGAGAGCCAUCGCGCUGCAAAUCCACACGCAGACGACGCCCCUCGCCGCCGCCCCCGCCGCCGCGCCGUCCCCCUCGCUGCCGUCGUCGCUGGUCCACUUCCUGAAGCGGCCGGCGUCGUUCCCAUUCCUGCUCUCCCUCUUCGUGCUCCUCACCUGGAUCUCGCUCCGCUUCCACCACCCGUCCCCUUCGGCUUCCGUCCUCAGGGCCCCCGUCGUGCACGACCCCCAGGCCAACCUCGUCCGUUACCCCGCCGCGCUGUACCCCACCCCCAUCGCCGCCGACGGGCGCGGGUGGCUACUUGACCCCGUCGCCGCUGCUCGAGACGCCGGCUUACCAGGAGGAGCACUGGUUUGUUUAUCACUACACGUGGGACAGAUCCAGCCAGGUGGUUUACGUGGCAAUCAUCGCCACCAUACAUGCAAUGAGACAUUUGUCAUCUGGGGUGCAAAGACAAAAUUCCGGUUAGAAAAUGCUGAUGUAAAUGAUAGAGGAUAUGGGGAAGCCAUGAUUGCCGCUGAUGAGGUGGCCAUUGUUGCAAGCGCAAGAUCAACUGCACAUGCCUUGAUAAAUAUGGAUGUGCGACCAACCUUCUUCUUGGGAUGUCAGGACACGCCAAUAAAUCCCAACAGCUCGAAUACUGACUACAAGGUCUGGAAAGACAUCUGAUGAUCACGUUGCUUCUGUCCUUAAUGGUAAGCCAUGAGAAACCAUAAUAGCAUGAAGCCUUCAGAAACCAUCUUGUUUCCAUUGGCAAUGAUUUCAAAGCAGAUGUGUAUAUAGUUACGGCUUGUGACUUAUGAGGGGACUUCCAGUUACGAAGCUAUUCUUUUGUUUGUCAUGCCAAAUUUCUUCUGUAGUAGGUGGGUUCAUAUAUGUUACUUCAUCAGUUCGUCUUGCAUAUAUUCUCCAGUACUGUACUCCUUUUUCUAAUGACUUUCCAUUUUCAGGUUAACCUUUUUCGUUUGGAGGUGUAAUGCAUUUUCAGGGUUAUUACUUGAUGAUAUGUUCCCCUGUUCUUUGAAUGAUGUGUUGUCGAUAAAUUAAUUGUUGAUAUGCAGGUAAGGUGUGACAUGAACUUUUUAAUGAUCACAUACCGCAAGAUAUAUCUGAUUGCUUAA